GUUUUAACGCAAUUCCUUUUCCUAUCUCGGUGCGCAGUUAAACACCGCGAGAUAUUCGCGGACUGAGGGUCCCGCGCUGUGAUAAGAAGGAAGAUAUUACCUCGCGUUUCGCGACGGCGAUCAAUCGUCGACGUGCGUCGUCGCCGAAGAAGAUUCAGGAAAAUAAGUGACGACCUCUUAAGAAUAAUCGUGUUUCGUGUCAAACACGAUUAAUGACUCAAUGUGACAAUACGGCGGUGUCCUCGAAGGUUUGAGUGUAUUACUUUCGACGCCGUAUCGGAGGAAGAAGGAGGCAAGAGAGACGGGCGCGAAUCUGAACGUCGUCACCCAAAGUCCACGGUUAUCAACGAGUGACCCCGAUCACUUCCGGAAGAGCGAGCUUCCUACGGAAGCGACCGGACUCAUCCGCGCGAAGGUGGGGCGGUUUCUUCGACGUAUAAAACCAGAAAAUCCCAAAGUGACCGAAUCAUUGGAUUCACGUCCGUCGUCGAAACUCUGAUAGGAUUUCGAUUCGAAUUGUAUAAUAACGAACGAUCAUGUCAAGUCGAUCGUCGGUCGUCCUUUUCCUGACGGCGUUCCUGACGGCGGCGUCGGCGUUGCCGUCGUAUCGUCGUCAGGUUUUGAACGACGACACCAUCGACGAUCUGAUCGCUCAUCUGCGACUAAAAUUCGGCCAGGAGCUCUACAAAAUUCCGGACAACGACACCGGAUUCAAAGUAGCAAAUUGGCACAGCGGUAUGAACGUGAACCCCGAGGAAUUGGGCAACUACGCGGAGGGCGACAUCCUGUUCGCGCCUGAUCUUCUAGCCAGACCUAGUUUCAGAAACGGUCUCAAACGGGAAUCCGCUCGGUGGCCCAACGGCGUCGUUCCCUUUGUGAUCAGUCCUUACUUCAACGAUCAGCAGCGACAAGUCAUACAGGACGCAAUGGACGACUAUCACAGACACACGUGCAUCAGAUUCAAACCUUACACGGGCGAGGAGCAGGACUACAUCAGGAUCACGGCCGGCAACACCGGAUGUUGGAGCAGCGUGGGCAGAAUCGGCGGCCGACAGGACGUGAAUCUUCAGGUGCCCGGUUGCCUGACGCAGAAGGGCACCGUGAUGCACGAGCUCAUGCACGCCGUCGGCUUUUUGCACGAGCAGAGCAGAUACGAACGGGACGACUACGUCUACAUUCAGUGGCAAAAUAUUAUGACAGGUCGCGACAACAAUUUCGAAAAGGCUUCGAAACAAACCACCGAUGCCUUCGGUGUCGGCUACGAUUACGGCAGCGUGAUGCACUAUUCGGCGAACGCGUUCUCCAAGAACGGUCAGCCCACCAUAGUACCCAGACACCAACAGCCGUCCGGUGGCAUCUUGGAAAUUAUUGGCGGAAUCUUCGACGUUAAUAACAACGCGAUCCAACAACUCGGUCAAAGAAAGGGUUUCAGCAAAAAGGACAUUCUGAAGAUCAGAAGGAUGUACAAGUGCAACGGUCAGCACACCAGUCGCGACCGGUCUGAUUACGAUUCGGCGAUUAAUUUUGGCUUCUUCUAACGAAUUUCGCGUUGAAAACGCGGAUCGGAGUCUUAUCUUCGAUUGAGAAAAAAAUGUUAUAUAUACAUAAGCAAAGCAACGUCUAGUCUCAUCGACAUGUCGACGACACACGCGAGUGUGAUUUUAAUAUUAUCUGUAGGGUAAACCCGGGUAAGAUGGCCACAGUUUUCUUUAAAUGCAAAAAACCAGACCUUUAUUUUUGUUAUUUUUUAAUAUGUUGUUUUUUUAUUUUCA